GUCAAGCGUGGCUAAUCAAGGCACGAAAAGAAAGAUGAGCAGCUCAGAAGAGGUGUCCUGGAUUUCCUGGUUUUGCUCAUUACGAGGCAAUGAGUUUUUUUGCGAAGUGGACGAGGACUACAUAAACGAUAAAUUCAAUUUGACUGGACUCAAUGAGCAGGUGCCACAUUAUAGGCAAGCUCUUGACAUGAUCCUAGAUCUGGAGGCUGAUGAUGACCUUGAUGACAAUCCUAACCAGUCAGACCUAGUGGAACAGGCUUCUGAAAUACUAUAUGGACUGAUACACGCUCGCUACAUUUUAACUAACAGGGGUAUAGGACAAAUGCUCGAGAAAUUUCAACAAGGAGAUUUCGGACACUGCCCACGAGUAUAUUGCGAGUGUCAACCUAUGCUGCCACUGGGUCUAUCAGAUGUGCCGGGUGAGGCGAUGGUGAAGCUGUACUGUCCUCGUUGUAUGGACGUGUACACGCCGAAGUCGUCCCGUUACCACCACACCGACGGCGCAUACUUCGGUACCGGCUUCCCGCACAUGGUCUUCAUGGUGCAUCCCGAGUAUCGCCCUAAGCGCCCUGCGUCGCAGUUCGUGCCUAGAUUGUACGGGUUCAAGAUCCACCCGCUCGCGUACCAGAUUCAACAACAAGCAGCGGCGAACUUCAAAGCGCCUUUGCGGACCGUCUCGUAUAACAACGAAACGAAGACUACCAGAAACAUUCAAUGAUUAAUUACCCACCGAGUGCGUGCCUCUGGGGCCCGGGCUCUGCCCCCGCAGCCGCGCAAGCUCGCGGCGGCACCGACGGCGCUUGACGAUACAAAUUAUUUUCAACUCUAACUAAUAAUAAUAUAUUUAUUAAAUAGGCACAUAAUAUAAUUACUCCUUGUUUAAUAACAUCUAAUCAAUAAAUGAAAGGGUUAUGUUUCAAAUUAAAUAAAGUUUAUUUUUAUUGUUUUAUG